GGUCCACUUGACACAACAACCUCUGACGAUACGGCAGCUCCAGUAGAUUCCACAGCCGCUGUUGAUCCUUCAGUUGCACCAGUUGACCCAGUAGCUGCUCCAGCUGAUCCAGCAGCAGCCCCAGCAGGAGCUCCAGUAGAUGCUCCCGCCGCUACUGACCCUGCAGCUGCUCCUGUUGAUCCUGUUUCAGGUCCAGUUGACCCUGCGCUAGCUCCAGUUGAUUCGACAGCAUCUUCUCCAAGCUCCUCAGCUCCAGUUGACACAACAACAUCAGACGAUACAGCAUCUCCAGUAGAUCCCACAGCCGCUGUUGAUCCUUCAGUUGCACCGGUUGACCCAGUAGCUGCUCCUACAGAUCCAGCUACCGCAUCAGCAGAUCCUACGGUUGCUACAGUGCCUGCUGCAACAGAUCCAGCGGCUGCUCCAGCAGAUUCUACAGCCACUGUUGAUGACUCAGCUGCUGCAGUCAAUCCUGUUUCAGGUCCAGUUGACUCUGCACUCGCUCCAGUGGAUUCGACAGCUGCUUCAUCAGAUGACUCCGCUGUGCCCGCAAACGUUGCUGCUUCAGCUGCAAUUGAUCCAGCAACUACUGGUGCUCCAGUUCCACCGAACUCAGUUUUUAGUUAUCCAGGUGGUUCACGUGUACCAGCAGAUAUAGCACUUUCAAUUCUUGCAGCGGCCGCACUUAAACCUAUAUUUGCUGCCAGACCACCACCAUCAGGUUCAUCUGGAUUUUAUGGUAGACCAAAUCGUCCAAAUACUGCAUUUUCCUAUCCGGUUCCAAGCAGACCGAUUGUAUUAGGAAAUUCCAAUAAACCAAGACUACCUUAUUCAAAUUAUCCGAUAUAUUCAAACGUGGCAGCUCGCCGGAUUAUAGAUACACUUAAUAAUGCCAAACAUAUUCAGAAAAUAAAGAACAUGAGACCAUAUACUCCAUUUAGGCCUAAUAAAAACGCAUACCCAUAUAUUGGAGCAGGUCUUGCGCGUGGACGUGUCGACAUGUCCUUACCACAAUUACCAUCUGUACCAUUAGUCAAACCACCGCAGGGACCUAUUAGCGUCAAUAAAAUUCCAACACAAAAUCUCAAUGAAGGCGAUGAUAGCGAACAAAGUGCGCAAAGUACGCAGAGUGCUCAGAGCGAACAGGAUGUCCUCACACAAGAAACUCCAGUUUUAAGACCAGUACCUGAAAAACAGAAGCCAGCAACACCCACAGUUGUAACUGUUUUAAAAAAAUUAAUUGAAGAGACUAAAGCAAAGAAAGCCGAUGAAAGCGAGAGUACGAAUAAUGAGGAAAGAAAAAUUCAAGAAAAUAAGAAAAUUCUCAAGGAACUUGUAAGAAAACUGGAUGGUCUACAAUGUAAAGAAGAUGAUAUCUACCCGGACUAUAAAGAUUGUAAAUACUAUUAUAAGUGCAUAGACAAAUCUGACAAAAAUGAAUUUGAGCGUUUGCAGUGCGAUGAUGAUGAACGUUUCGACAAAAACGAGAUGAAGUGCGUUGACAAGAAAAAAGCCAAAUGCUUAAAGCAAAAUGAAUUACUAGAAACUAUUAAAAACCUAAAAAAUUACAUUGAUGAAUUGCAAUCAGAUUGAAACUAAUUUGAAUUAAAAAUAGUUAAAUUAGUCAGAUAAAUU